UUAAUAAAUUAAAAAAGUAUUUUUUAAACGGAAAAACGUCUGAGCCGCGGACGUUUUGGAAAAAUAUAUAGAAAAAUCGUGGAUAUGCUUGAGUUCUAGCUUGCGCCUCCUUGGUUGGCGUGUUCCUUAUUCACGUGCUUCUGAUCCCUCUGAACCUCCUUCACGUCCGGUCUCGUCGGUGCAGGCUUCAGAAGAUGCCAAGGAUGCCACAGUGUUGAACAGAAAGCGUCAGCUGGAGUGACGCUUCUGAGUCCCGAUUGCCUCUUUAAAUAAGAGGGUGAACGAGUGAGGGAAGCAGAAGAAGAAAUUGAAGAGAAGGAGUAAGUGAAAGAUCGGCCGCGAGCGAAGAAGAAAAUAUAAAUUAGAAGAAGACAUUUGAGUGUGAGAGAAGAGAAGGAGAGUUGUGCGAAGAAGAACAAGUUAAUAGUUAUAAUUUCAUAAUGCCUCAUCAAAGAGUUAAUCCGGGACCCAUUAAUGAUUCAUUGUUGAGUAUGCAAUCAAUUCACGUCUCUGAGCACAUAUGGAAUGGUCAGCCUGAUAGAGUUCUUCGUAUUAGAAGAGCUACCAAAAGUGGCCAUCGAGAUGGGUCAAUUCCUAACGAAGUUAGACCUUUUCUUGCACGAGCGGGGAUGUUGGGAGUGGCUGAGAUGUCAUACUUUCCUAUUGACCACCACUUAAUUUCAGCAUUAGUUGAGCGGUGGAGACCCGAAACUCACACUUUCCACAUGACAUUUGGGGAGUGUACAAUUACAUUAGAAGAUGUUUCAGUUUUGCUUGGUCUUAAGGUACAUGGCGACCCAAUUACUGGUUGUUCGACAUAUAGAUGGGUUUCACUUAUUGAAGAUUUAUUGGGAAUUAUACCACCAACAAAUGCAAUUAAAGGUGGAAGGCUGAAGAUGAGUUGGGUUGAUCAAUACUUUUCGGAUGUUUCCAUGCAUGUGCACAGUGUGCAACAAAUGGAACGAUAUGCCCGAGCUUAUAUUUUGCGAUUGCUUGGAGGUAUGCUUUUUUCUGACAAGUCUUCAACAUUAGUACCAAUGCGAUAUUUGGUCAUGCUAACAGAUUUAGAUCGAUGUGGGCAACUAAGUUGGGGAUCAGCCGUGCUUGCUGAUUUAUAUAGAGAAUUGUGUGUUGCCACUAAUUAUGACCAUAAGGAAAUUAGUGGGGCAUGUGUUCUACUACAGUUGUGGGCAUGGUAUCGGAUGCCAUAUUUUGCACCCCUAAUGAGACCAUUAAAUAUUGUUGGCGUUCCAUUAGGUGCAAGGUGGAAUAGUGCCUUGCAUGCACCAAGAGAAGAACAAAAGAAAACUAUUGUUCAGAUUCGCGAUGCUUUAGAUAAGAUGAAGGAUAAAGAUUUUGUUUGGCAGCCAUACUUUCAAUAUUUUUAUUCUCUACCAUCAUAUUGUGUAGAAAACACAAAUAUUUGGAGGGCGUCAGUGCCGUUGAUAGACUUUCAUAUAAUUGAGUAUCACCAUCCUGACCGUGUGAUGCGUCAGUUUGGCAUGGUACAACACAUUCCUCGUCCUCCACGUCAACCAGAUAAUUUGCAUGAUCUAACUUUACGUGGUAAAGAUGAUAUUGAUUGGCGUGUUCAACAUGCUAUUUUUGUACACGAGUGGGAAACAAGGUUAGACUGUAUUUGGACACAAGACUCUUGUACUACUACACAUUUAAGUAGUAACUCAGAGUACAUGGUGUGGUAUAAAAGACACACCAGACGUUGGAUUGGGCACAUUACUGCAAAACAAGGUUAUGUGGAGGACAUUAUUGAGGAAAUGUAUCAUAAGGCUAAAACAGAACCUAGAAGUAGUUUUUCGAUGAAAGAAUUGACUGAUAAUCUUGCUAACUGCCUAGAGGUAUUCGGUGAAUUCCACCGACUUCAAUAUCCCUCUAUAGGUGCUCCAACACCAUCACAAGAUGAGUCUAAACCAGUUGUUGUGAAAAAUAUUGGGGCAGGCCGACAAGAGGGUCGUGGCCUUGGACGUCGACGUAGGCGUGUAGAGCACGAGUCUAUAGAGGUAUUUGUGCCAUCACAUGACCCCCCUGCGGGUACUUAUUACGCUUAUCCAGUGACACCAUCCGGGGGUUUUAAUCCGUAUGUAUAUACUGCAGAUGAUACUAGUGUUGAAACUCCUAGUUCUGCUGCUAAUGUUUCAUCUCCGUUUGAUACACAUUUACUACCUUCAUCUGGAUGUUAGACAUCAUGGCUGUGAAUGUAUUUUAACACCUCAUGAUUCAACAAAUUCACGAUGGAGGCCUAGGAGAUGAUUCAUUUGUAUUUGUUUUAUACUUUUUGUUUUUUAUACUUUAAAUUAUGUAACAAACUAUAAUUUAUAAUUUAUGUUAUUCAUUUUGAUA